UUCCUAGAAGUCAAGAAGCACGAAGAAGGGUACAUCCGUCAAUUAACAAAGCACCCAUUUGGAAGCUUUUACCUUGUUGCUUUCCCACGAACCAUCACAACCCUUUUCAGAUUUCGGCAAUUUAUUACAGAAUCCUAGGUUUCAUAACCAAAGAUUACUAUUAGAGUAGUCAAAUUUGUUGUUACUAAUAAUUAAAACAAUUUUGUUAGAACAAACACACAACAGGACCUUCGUCUUCUUCACCAUAGCUUCCUCCACACUCACAGUUUGACUCCUAGUUACCCACCACCACUUUCCCUUUUUCGGCUCUUCCUUCUUUCUUCUUCUUACUUUGAGCUGAAGUUUCUGAGUCUUCUUUCUUUUGACAUUUGAUCUUCUUGUUAAAAUUAAAACUUGGUUGUCCUUUCUUAGCGCGUUUUACAACUGGUAGUAAAAUCUCCCCACCCCUUUUUGCAGUCCUCCUAAUUUUUCUUGUUUCUAGAUUGAUGGAAAUGAGAUAGAAAAAACUAAUAAAAAUUGAGCUACAGUUCAAAGAAAUUCAUUGCUUCCCGCGUUUUCCAUCUGCAAUCUCCUCUCUCCCCCAAAAAAUUAAAGUCAUGCGUGCAAGCUAUCAGUUUAUAUGAAUCCUAAUCUUUAUAUAUCUGAGAGAUAUUGAAAUCCACAUUUUUCUCUUGGUCCUUAACGGUUUUUAAUUCUCCCUAAGCUUCUUCAUUGAUCAUCAGCCGCUAACUCUCCCAAAUCCCACCUUCCUUUUCACGUCUCACUUUCCUCUUUUUCUACAAAAGCUUUAUAAAUUAAAAAAACCAUCCCUAUUUCUUCCCAUCCUUAUCAUUUGUGUAUCCAAUCUUGCUGAUUUUCUCUCCCCUUUUCUUCCUCCUGCUGUAAAAUUUCUACACUUGUCUCCGAGCUAUAAAUCAACUCAGAAAGACUCAAAUUUUAGUGUUUACUCAGACCCUUUUUGCUGCUGCUGCUGGUUUUGGUGGUGGUGAUUGUUGUUAUUUUUGGGGGAGUUUGUGAAUCAAAGAUUGAAAGAGUUUGGGUGCUGAUUAUUAAGCAACAUUUGAAGUUUUUUCUGUUCGGCUUCUGGAAUCAGAUUGAAGUGUACUGUUUGAAGCUUGCCUGGUGUUCCUGUCUUUUGCUUUCUGGUGUUGUUUAGUUCAGAUCUGAAUUUGGAAAGAGCCAUGGGAAGCCAUAUGAGCAAGAGGCCUGGUGAAAGCUCAGCUGCAAUUAGCAGCAUUCAAAUAGCAACAGAGCUCAAUUCAUAUGAAGCUGCCUGCAAGGUGGAUGAAGAUUUGCAGUCGUUUGACUCAAGUCUUCAUGCUCGAACAAAUCACGUAAUAAGUACUCUUGCUGCUGGGGUUGAAGUUAGAGCCCUCUCCUUUGAUUCUUUGAAGGAAGUUACUGGAUGCCUUCUGGAAAUGAACCAGGAAGUUGUUAAGGUUAUCUUGGAGUGUAAGAAGGAUAUUUGGAAGAAUCAAGAAUUGUUUGAACUCGUGGAGGAGUACUUUGAGAACAGCUUGAAAACUCUGGAUUUCUGUGCUGCUUUAGAGAAGUGCUUAAAGCGAGCUAGGGAUAGCCAAUUGCUGAUUAUGGUUGCCCUUCAGCAAUUUGAAGAGGAGAAUAUUGGGGUUGAAGGAAACAAGUAUACCAGAACUUUGGAUGAAUUGAAGAAUUUCAAGGCUGCUGGCGAUCCUUUCACUGAGGAAUUCUUCCAGAUUUUCCAAUCUGUUUACAGGCAACAAAUGCUGAUGCUUGAGAAGCUGCAGACGAAAAAGAACAAGCUCGAUAAGAAGCUUAAGUACAUUCAUGCUUGGAGAAAGGUCUCAAGUAUUAUCUUUGUUGCUACAUUUGCUGCUGUUCUCAUUUGUUCAGUUGUGGCUGCUGCCAUGGCUGCUCCACCUGUUGCUGCCGCCCUUGCCGCCGCAACUUCCAUCCCUUUAGGCUCGAUGGGAAAGUGGAUUGAUUCUCUUUUUAAGAAUUACGAAAUGGCUAUUAAGGGACAGAAGGAGAUCAUUAACUAUAUGCAAGUGGGUACUUAUGUAACCAUCAAGGAUUUGGACAGUAUCCGAGUGCUGAUCGACCGACUGGAAAUUGAAAUUGAGGCCCUCUUAGCAAAUACAGAUUUUGCUACCACUGAUGAUGCUGCUGUGAAGAUUGGCAUUGAAGAGAUAAAGAAGAAGCUGGAUGCCUUUAUGAAGAAUGUUGAAGAUUUAGGGGUUCAAGCCGAUGUUUGCAGCCGUGAUAUUCGCAGGGCGAGGACAGUUGUGCUUCAGAGGAUUAUUAAGAAUCCCAACAACUGAAAGAGACAGGAAGACCUUCACCUAUCAUCGGUACUCCUACGGCUACAAGGACGGUUUUCUUUCAAAAAGAUUCAUCAAGCAUCCCAAGUCCAACCAUUGGAAGAAAGGAGAGACCUUUAUCAGGUCUGCUACUGCUGCUAACAGUUACCAUAUUGUCGAAAAACGACUUCAAAAUUAUGUGUCUUUUAAUGUUCAUUUAGUCCUUGAGAUCUGUGACUCAAUUUAGUGCUUUUGAAACCAUCGCUUCUGUCAGGCUAACAAGGGCUAAUGACUUGAUCAUUUUAUCAUGUUACUUUUUCAGUUUAACAGUUCAUUUAUUCUUGAUGUAAUUAAAGUUUUAGAUAUCUGAUUCGUUUGAAGAACUGCAAUUUCAUUCAAUUUCGACUUUUGUGCUGUUGCUAUCUACCUAUCUAUUAUCAU